CCUUUACAUAAUCUGGAAUAAACAGUUAAAUUACCAAAUGCCUCAUGUUCAAAGACAACAAAAAUUUUUCACCGUUAUAACACAUUUUUAACAUAAUUUUAAUAAGUGACCCUUUCUUCCAAGUGUCAACCAAGAAAGCAGCAAACUUUUAAUUGUUUAGCGGAUUGAUAGUUACAGUGUAAGUUGUAGGUUACUAUUUAGUCAAGACUUUAAUACACACUCGCUGGUAUUUUUUUAUUGCUUUUGAACAUCUGAUUAGAUUAGCUGGAACCAGCCAUUUCAUGGCUUCUUCCACACCGAAAAGAGCACCCAAGAAGGAAGCAACCAAUUACGCUCGACUGUGUCGUCUUUUAAUUGAUUUUGGCUGUCAGGCCCUGAGAGACACAUUUGAUAACAUACAUGCAUCAGCAAGACUUCAUGCAGUUUUGGCAGCAAAUAGGUCAACUUUACGAACACUGAGGAAGCAAAGAGUCCUCAAUGCAGUGCAAUGGAGCAAACUGUACCCUGCCAUAGCUACAUCAGCAUCAUUGGCAAACUUUGAUAUCACUCUUUUGAUAGUUCUCCUAAGGCAUAUCUGUGGGUUGGAACCUCCUACAACGACACAAUCAUGGGACAGAGCUCCCCCUACAACAGACAUGAGCCGUGAGGCUGAUAUAGUCCGUCUGAAAUGUUUCAGAAAUGACAUAUAUGGUCAUGCAGAGAAGGCUUCCAUUUCUGAUUUAGAGUUCAGUACUCUCUGGCAGAACAUCCAUGGCACUCUGGUAAGAUUAGGAGGACAAAGUUAUGAAAAAGAAAUUGACAGUCUUCAAGUUGAAUGCAUGGAGCCUGAAAUUGAGCAAUAUUAUACAGAGCUCCUUAAGGAAUGGAAAAAAGAUGAGGACAACAUUAAGUACAUGCUGAAUGAAGUUAAGAAUGAAGCUGGAAAUAUCAGCAGAAAGCUGGAUGAUUUUGCGACAACUAACACCUUUACACGAGGUCAGCUUGUCAGUUCCAGAUAUUAUAUUGUACACACGGACCAUCAAGAGUAUUCUUUUAGGUUAGGAAAUCUCAACCCACGGGAGAAAACACUGAACUCACAAUAGUGAGGAAUUUCAAUAAAGGCCAGGCACCUGCUGGCAAAUUGACUGGCUUUGCAGACAAUUUUGCCAGCCUGGGAAAGUUUUUUCAAAACGUUUUGCUUGCCUGUGAAAAGCAGUUGCCCUCCUGAUUAUUUACUUGAUACCCCAAGAUUAUUUACUUGAUGCCAUAAAGCUGGAGUUGAGCACCACUGCCGUGACCCUAGGCUCAUGCUAGGACAACAAUCGAUGCUGAGUGCAGUGCAGUAACCACUAGGGUGCUGCACCCUUAAAACAUUGCAAGGACAGUGCAAAUCAAUUUGUUUAUUCAAACUGGCUUUCUUACAAUAUAUUAUUCCUCAUCAAAGUCUUUAGGUCAACUGUUGUCAGGAUGGGAUUGUCCAACGUUGCUUUUAAAAUCGCCCACCCAGAUACAAGCUCCUGUUACAUGUCAAGUCCACCCACAAUCCCUUAUACAAAAAUAUAUGAGCCAGGGCUCAUAACCAGGAUUAUAUGGUAAUUAAUACAAGUUUUGAAUAAACAAACUGAAAAACAUGGACAUGACAGUAUCCUGCUUGCUGAAAGCAGCAGAAAACUAGUGAUUAAGACAGUUUUCAAGGGAAAGGUACUAG